AUGCGUCGUUCACCAUCAAGAGGUCAACGGAGCCGAAAUGAUCAAAAUUUGUACAAUUUAUCAAAUUUAUUGAAACGAAUGCGUUCCCAACAAGUGUCGCGAGGCAGAUGUUCUAACGAUAAACGAUACUCAUCAUUUGGAAAUUCAUCUAUAUCACCGACUGUCAGUCGUCCAAUAAUACCAUCAUUACCAACGACGAUAAAGCAUCCUGCUGUUGUACAACGAUUUCAUAUGAAUUAUCUGCCGAUGAUGCAGUUACAUCCAAAGGAUGUUUUACCCUCGCGUCAACCGACUUUUAAUCCUACAUUCCAAUCUAAUCUUUUGUUUCCACUCGGUGAUCUAAGAAACUAUCGUCAGUCUCGCCACUCAGUCCAAGAAGAUUUCGAAAGAAGAAGACAUGGAAGUGGUAAUUUUAUUUUACAAAGACAACGUCCAGAAAAACAAAAUUUUAAUAAUACAGCUUAUUGUUUUGCCUAUUUUACAAUAAUUAUUGUCGGUACGAAAAGAAUUGUUAUUGGAGGAUGGGGUGGUGGGGCUUUUCAAAUAAAUUAUAAUUGGGAUGAAAAACCGUGUGCACCAGGCAUCGAUGGAAAACAUAUUUGUGAACGAAAUUAUACAGAUCGUUUGCCUCAUACUAUAAAAUGUAUCGAAACAUUUGAAAACUCUGGUUUUCAAGAAAACUCUGGUUUUCAUCCAGUCACAUUACGACCCCUCGAAAUUUCACCCGAAUCCGGCAUCCGCGUCCCCGGUUUCCAAGAGGGUUAA